AUGUCUGUGCAUCUGCAACGGAUGGUCGUUCAGAAUUGCUCCAGUUUCCUGAUCAAGAGGAAUAAACAGACCUUCAGCACCGAACCCAAUAAUCCGAAGGUCCGCAACUUCUUCCUCUACAACCUCGAGACCAAGACUGUGGGAGUGGAGCCCGUGGCCAACUGCAAAGGGGUCGUGGUGGUCAUGAAAUGCAGAUCCUGUCAGCGAAAACCAGCCACCCUCAGCAGUAUCGGGCACCUGAUCCGGAAGAACAAGUAUCGCCUGGAUCUGCACAUGGAGGCCAUCCGCAGGAGCAGUGCCAUCCUGCAAAGCCAGAAGCCCGUGGUGGUGAAGAGGAAACACACCCAUCCCACCAAGAGCUCCUGA